CAGGAUGAAGACCAGAAGCUGAGAACGAAACCUGGCUGAUGUUCACUUUCUUUCAAUCUACACCUGUGAAUUUAACUGCUGUUCACCUGAUUGUUUCGAAAUAAAAAAUGGAAUUUAAGAAAACAAUUGGCAUUUUUGUCCUAGUGUUGUUUUUUACCGAAUUUCCUGCUUCAUCUGCUCACAGAAUUCUAGUCUUGUCGCCCAUCACGACUUACAGCCACGACAAUUAUUUCAAAACAGUGGUGAAAGCACUGGUGAAUCGCGGACAUUUGGUCACCUAUUGGACUGGACUCCCAUCUAAAAAUCAAGAUAUUAAAAAUCAAACUGUUAAUUUGCGUCAAUUUCACUCGCCUCCACUACACGAAAUCAACAGUGAUCAUCAAUUUGAUUUUAAUGAACGAGACCGAGCCUUGGAUUUGCUAUUUACAUUCCCCAGGAGGAUGGAAACAUAUUGUAAAGCAAUCUACAACGAUCCUGUCUUCCAUCAGCUGAUGAACUCAGCGGGACAAUACGAUCUGAUGAUUAUCGAAGGAGCUGCCAACGAAUGCGUCUUGCCUUUGGUCCACAAACUUAAAUUGCCCUUCAUUUACAUGAUGGGAACCUGGCCGUCACCAUGGCAAUUGGACGCCAUCGGUUCCACUUUGGGCUUUGACCAUUAUCCGAAUCUUAUUUUAAAUUUUGGGGACGAGAUGAAUCUAUGGCAACGGACAAUUAACACCCUAAGUGGCCUCGUAGCGCUCUACUAUUGGCGUUGGAACGUCAUGACCGUUGUCGACCGAAUCGCAUCCGAGACGCUGAGCAUCGAUAACCUGCCGAACAUUGAGGAGAUUGAACAGCGCUACUUGAGCCUAUUCAUAUUCAACACGCACUUCAGCCUCAAUUACCAGUUACCACCUUCAUCAUCCGUCAUUCAGGCAGCUGGAUUAAACUGCGCUCCUUCCAAACCGUUGACGAAAGAUUUGGAAUCGUUUGUGGAUGGCUCAGGUGACGAUGGAUUCAUCAUUCUUAGUUUCGGUUCAAUUCUGAAAGGCAUUGACCUUCCGGAUGACGUUCGCCGCCUUUUCCUGUCAACAUUUUCCCGGCUCAAGCAACGCGUCAUUUGGAAAUGGGAGGACGAAAGUAAACUAGGAAAAGACGACUUCAUUCCACCAAACGUUAAAUUCAUGUCUUGGCUGCCACAACAAGAUCUUUUGGGUCAUCCAAAAGUGCGGCUAUUCAUCACCCAUGGCGGACUCAACAGUAUACAAGAGGCCGUCUAUCACAAAGUACCGUUAAUCAUUUUGCCCGUCUUUGUUGACCAACCAAUCAAUGCUCGAAUAGCCCAAAGUAAGGGCAUCGCUAUUAGUCUCGAAUGGCAAAAAUUAACUGAAGACGUUUUCUACGACGCCAUCCAGCAGAUACUGUCUGACCCGAGUUAUAAGGAGAGGAUAGAACAAUUAUCGGCCGUGAUGCAAGACCAAAUGGAAAGUCCAAUGGACCGAGUCAUCUACUGGAUUGAAUAUGUUAUCCGUCAUGAGGGUGCCUCUCAUUUGCGGACAUCUUCGCGUAAACUUUCCCUUUACCGACGCCUUCUUCUUGAUGUGAUGCUCGUCUUUUUAGUCGCUGGAAUGAUUUUAUUUUACGUAUUCUACCGCUUCUUUCGAUACAUCUCUUCCAAAAGACCAAGCCAGAAAUGUGACUCCAAAAAGACGAAUUGAAAUUUAGAAACGCAAUAGAUCAACACCUUUCGAAUAAGA